AUGCAUAGCGCCUUCAUGGUUCAGCUGGCAAGCAUGGGCCUCAACCGCGAACGGAUCUCGACAGGACCGACAACGUAUCCCAUGGACGGGCAUGGCUCUCGUGGCGAGGCCGACUCUGCAGGGCUGCCCCUGUCGCGCCAUCAAGAAGAUACAUGGCCCACCAUCGUUUUCGAGUCAGGAUACAGCCAGUCUCAGUCCAGCCUGAGGCAGAAGAUGCGGUUCUGGUCUUCGAGAUCGGCACAUCAAGUCAAAACUGUCAUUCUGGUCGAGGUCGACCCGGGAAGUGACGAUAGGCGCAUAUCGAUAGAUCCGUGGCGGAAACGACCACCAUCAGCUACAAUACAGGUACCGUCCCGGCGCAACACCGACACGCGCAUCAUCGGCGGCCUCGAGUCUUCAGCCCGUCUGUGCCCAAACAAUCACCGUCGUGUGGCCUCACCCGACGCGCUUCGAAGACGCUAG